CGAACCGGCGACGCGCUCGUGACUCGUUGUCUCGACGUUGAAGAGGAUGCGCGGAAAAGGGAGAGAUGGCGGUCAGCAAUGCCGCCCGAAGGGCAGUCCAUCUGCUUGAACCGGAGGAGGCAGGUUGACAUUUCCGAGUCGAGGCAACCACAGCCAACCCCUUCGGCCGACCGCUGGCCGCAGUCCAAGUCUCGCGGCCAAUUGCCAAGAUUAAUUGGCCUUCAUGUUGUGCUUCUGACGAGGCGUAACGAGGCUACACAAUCAACAGAAUCGGCUGGGAAAUGGGAAAACACGUGUGUGUGUGUCUAUAGGGCGGCAGUGCCAACAGAGACCUGCCUCGACACCGCCACGUUCAACCGCGUCGACGAGAACGCCGUUGAAUACGUGGCCGGUGUUAUGGGCCCCUGGCAACGGUCACCAGGUCGACACAGUCAGAUUUUGAUGGGACUUUUCAAUAAGUACCGACUAGGCAUCAGGACCAGUUUAGGAAUUGAGAAUACGCUGAAAGGAGAAUAG